GGGGCAGGAGGAAGGGCGGGAGGAGGGGAGGAGAUUCGGAGAGAGCUGCUCACCACAGAUGAAGAAAAACAGCCCGUUUCCAGGCUCCGCUUCAGACUCCUGGGAGCCAGCCUCUACUGCAGCACACAUGCAGAUACGGCAGCGCAGGGCUGGCGGAAGCUCUCCCUCUCCCAGCACGGAGGAGAGACCCGGAGAACCGGAGGAUACCGCAAGGUCAGGCUCCCCAGCCUCCCGGGAGUAAGAGCGGAUCAUGCCGGCGCGGCACCGGCACCCCUGCGAGUCCGACUGACCCCUCGGCAGCUGGACGGGCUCUCUCUUCAGAUGUGACACUGCUGACUGAGGACCGCCCAGUUACGAGUAUCCGCUGCCUUGCCUCUUUCUUCUAAGAACUCUAAGGAUGUGUUGCAAGUUUACUGAUAAGGCUGAGCAAGCGCGUCGCUGGUGGGAGAAUAUUAUGCUCCAGCUUCACAGCACCAAGCGGAGUUUCCUGGUCUGCCUGGGAAUUUGCAUUCUGGUCUGCGCUGCCAUUUACGUGAAGGUGUCCAGUUUCCGCAGGGGGCGGCAGCAGGCCCCUGUGGAAGCCGGGAGGUGCAAGCUUCAGGCGCGGACCUGUUCCUUCGCCUUGGCCGGCCCAGAGGAGGCGGAAUGGCACCAGAAGCAGUGUCUGGAAUACGGCGAGGCAGAGGCCUCCUUUCUGAAAGGGGAGCUGAACUGCUCCCGCCUUGUAGAAGACUUCCACUUCAUCACCUCUCCCCUGAGCCCAGAGGAAGAGGAGUUCCCGCUGGCCUUCAUCCUCACCGUCCACAAGGACCUGGAGAUGUUCCUGCGGCUGCUCAGGGCCAUCUACGCCCCACAGAACGUGUACUGCAUUCACGUCGACAGGAAGUCGCCGCCGGACUACAAGGCCGCCGUCGCACGCCUGGGCCGGUGCUUCCCCAACGUCUUCCUGGCCUCCGCGACCGAGGACGUGACCUACGGGGGGUUCUCCAGGCUGCAGGCCGACAUCCACUGCAUGAGAGACCUGCUGAAGUCCCCCGUUCCCUGGAAGAGGGUCGCCAACCUCUGCGGCCAGGACUUCCCCACCCAGAGCAACUGGGAGCUGGUGCGCUACUUGCGGAGCAAGGAAUGGAGAGACAGGAACAUGACCCCGGGAGUCAAGCAGCCGCCCAGCAUUCGGCAGCGCACACAGCUGAAGCACAGGGAGAUCAAGGGCUCUUACGUGGUGCAGCUGAGGGAGAGGAAGGAGCCGCCGCCACAUAACCUGGAAAUCUACUUCGGGACGGCUUACUACUCUCUCACCAGGCCGUUCGUGGAGUUUGUGCUGCACAGCCAAAUCGCCAAGGACCUGCUGGAGUGGUCGAAAGACACCUACAGCCCCGACGAGCACUACUGGGUGACGCUUAACCACCUGCCAGAGGCUCCAGGGAGCCACCCGAACGGAGGCUGGGAGGGGGAUAUUCGAGCGAUUAAAUGGAGAGACCAAGCGGGCGCAUCCCACGACGGCUGCAAAGGCCACUACGUGCGCGACAUCUGCAUCUACGGGACAGAGGACCUGCAGUGGAUCAUCAGCAGGAACAGCAUGUUCGCGAACAAGUUUGAGCUGAGCACCUACCCCCAGGCAGUGGAGUGCUUGGAGCUGUGGCACCGCAAGAAAGUCCUGCAGCAGGCGAAGGUGCCCAUCGAUCCUGCCUGGCUGCUUGUGAAAGAGCAUAACCACACAAAGCCUCUCAACAUGUCCAACAGCCCCUAAAAUGGAGUCUCUCUGUUCUGUUGCCGUGUAGGCCUAGAAGCCUAGACAGCAACGAGGAGGAUUCGCUGUUCUCCGACUCUUUGCUGUCAAAAACUCUCUCUGCACAACGCACCACGACGUUGACGCUCCAGAGCUCUUGAUUCGUGGCCCAUUUUUCAAUGAUAGACAAAGGAAAAGAGCCAAGAAGAACCCUUUGCUGGGGUAGCAAGACUGAAAAGCCACGUGGACGCACUUCAACACAUGCUGAGCAUCGACGGCAGAAACCAAAAUCAAACUGCCUUAACGUUAGCUGGUGGAAACAUCAAGAUAAACUUUUUUAUAAAAUCUGCAGAAAUGGGUCAAAUAUCACCAGGCUGUAAUGCAGCCGAACACCACACCUCUCUAGCGCCACACACUGAAGUCAACCCUGGGCUCCAGACCUCAUUCAGACCUGCACUGCAAAAACCACAGGGUCUCAAACGCACCUGAAUGUCUGAGAAUUUUAUCCUGCUGAAAACGGGCAUUAGAAACAAUUUCAUGACUAUGCUGGCGCACACUGGAAACUGUGAGGAGGGGGAGCACACCUUCAGCAAUGUCACAUUGCAGAACUGGGCUCUGUCCCUUGCAGGAUUGUAACAGUGACCUUUCAGGUUUUGUCCGGAUGAUGUUUUAGAAAACGUGCUGUGUUUAUUAUUAUUAUUAUUUUGGUUUCUCAGGUUUAUUUAAUGUUCUCAGUUACUGUGCACAGACAGACACUGAAAAAUACUUUAAGGGGCUCCCAUGUGUCUCAGCCAGUAAUGCCAGUCGCUCAGGUCACAGACCUGCGCGCUACGGUCCAGGUCUGUCAAGUUGAGCUGGGGCUGUGCUCCUACCUGACCGGGGCACUGGGACACUUGCACUGCUGACUAUACAGAACAAGCGGAACUUAAGUCACCAGAAGAACAAUCACAACUUCUAUUGGCACCACUUUUUCAGCCUGUUGUCCAAAUGUCCAGCCUUUCCAUCAAAACUGAUCUUCUGUACAUUCAACGCAGCUUUACUUCACAGCAAUGUUUUUUCCAGACGUAAAAACCAUGCAGUACUCAAUGAGAGCAGAAAUAAAAAGCUUGGAAUAAAGUUUGCACUUGAAAGGACCUGCAAUGUUGUUGUAAAUAUCAUGAUUAUUUUACAUUUUACUCAUCGAUCUACCUGUAAGAAGUGUUUUGCCAAAACACGUUCCUACAAGCUACAGGAAGACCAGCAAGAUCUUGCUAGCCAGCAGAACCAUGGAUACCAACUCAACAAUGUAACUUUAAAGUAGCAAUCUGGAAUUGCACUCUUAUUAAUUACACUUUUAAAUAAAAGUUACUUCAACUCAC